AUGUCAUCCUUUUCAGAAGAAAAUUCAAGCCCUCAGCCCCAAAUUCAAAGUAGUGAAAUCAGUUAUUUUACAAAUAGAAGCGGAUUGCAGCUUGCCUACAGCAUUUCAAUAAGAAACUCCUCCGAUAAAAGGAUUUUGGUAAUUUGCCAAAUGUGACCUCCAGAAAUUUUUAUCAUGUGUGGAUUUUUACAUGAAAAUUUGGGCAUAAAUACAUUUAAAUUCGAGUUCACUGGGUUCGGAAAUAGUCAAGGUGAACGCUCUAUCGCUGCUUUUGCCAGAGAUGCUGACGAUAUUGACGAUGCAGUCAAGUUUUUAGCUUCAAAAGGCUUAAAAGCAGAAGGGCUUAUUGGGCAAACAAAAUGCGCAACAAGUGUAAUUAUUUAUUCUGCCUUAUAUGGCCAAAUUAAAAAUAUUUUUGCAUUGUCUGCAAGAUUUCAUAUGAACAUUCUACCGUAUUUUUUGCAAGAUAUUUAUGAUUUUCUUAGACAAAACAAAGAACUUGUCCAUAUGUGUUUAGAGUCUCAGUCAAAGUUCACGUGGGAAAUGAUUGAGGAAAUAAUAAGUACUGACAUGAAAUUUUAUUGUGAAAGGGCUCAAGGAAAUAUUUUUAUUAUUCAUGGGGAUGCUGACGAAGUUUGCCCUUAUUCAGAGUCUUUGGAGUUUGUAAAAGAAUUGAAAGAAAAAUGUAAAGGACAUUUUAGGAUAAGCGCUGACCAUUAUUUCAUUGGGGUUUUUGAUGAAAUUGUUGAGAUAGUUGAGAAGAUUAUGUUAGAUAAUUAA